CAGAAAAUGGCGGCGGCGGCGGGGACUCGCGCGUCGUCGUCGGGACUGGCGGGCGCGGAGGCGGGCGGGGGGUCCCUGCAGGCGGGCGGGGCGCGGGGCGCGGACUGGCGGCGGCGGCAGCUGCGCAAGGUGCGGAGCGUGGAGCUGGACCCGCCGCCGGCCCCGCCCCGGUCCCCGUCCCCGGCGCCCGAGCCUGCGGGCGGCAGCGCUGCGCAGCCCGUGCCCGAGCCGCCGCCCCCCGGAGCCGCCAGCCGCGCCGGCGCCCACGCCCCGGAGCCGGGGGACCGCGGAGACGCGAGCGCCGCAGAGACCGAGCCCGCGGAGCCGCCGCCUGCAGCCGCCGGGCCGGAGAUGGAGAGCAAGGACACGCUGCGGGGGCUGCACAGGAUGGAGGACCGGCCGGAGGAGCGGGUGAUCCGCGAGAGGCUGAAGGCCACCUGCAUGCCCGCCUGGCGGCACGAGUGGCUGGAGCGCCGGAGCCGCCGGGGCCCGGUGGUGGUAAAGCCAAUCCCUGUUAAAGGAGACGGGUCUGAAAUGAACAACGUGGCAGCUGAGUCGCAAGGAGAGGCCCAGGCGAGCGUGUGCCCGGCUCCCAAAGGCCGCCGCAGCCCGUCCCCCGGCGGCUCUCCGGCCGGGCGCCCGGUGAAGGCCGAGUCUCCCGGAGUGAGGAGGAAGCGCGCGUCCCCGGUGCCGAGCGGGAGGACCACGCCUCCGCGCAGAGCCCCGUCCCCCGACGGCUUCUCGCCGUACAGCCCCGAGGAGACCAGCCGCCGGGUGAACAAGGUGAUGCGGGCCCGGCUCUACCUGCUGCAGCAGAUCGGCCCCAACUCCUUCCUGAUCGGAGGCGACAGCCCAGACAACAAGUACCGCGUGUUCAUCGGGCCGCAGAACUGCAGCUGUGGGCGUGGCGCGUUCUGCAUCCACCUGCUGUUCGUCAUGCUCCGCGUGUUUCAGCUGGAACCUUCCGACCCGAUGCUGUGGAGGAAAACUUUAAAGAAUUUUGAGGUUGAGAGUUUGUUCCAGAAAUAUCACAGCAGGCGUAGCUCGAGGAUCAAAGCUCCCUCUCGUAGCACCAUCCAGAAGUUCGUGUCCCGCAUGUCCAGCUCCCACACGCUGUCCUCGCCGAGCGCGGCCACGGCCAGUGCGGAGAGCAGCCUCAAGGACGAGGAGGAGCAGCUGUGCCCCAUCUGCCUGCUGGGCAUGCUGGACGAGGAGAGCCUGACCGUGUGCGAGGACGGCUGCCGCAACAAGCUGCACCACCACUGCAUGUCCAUCUGGGCAGAGGAAUGUCGAAGGAACAGGGAGCCUCUGAUCUGUCCCCUCUGCAGGUCCAAGUGGCGGUCCCACGAUUUCUACAGUCACGAGCUGUCAAGCCCCGCGGAUUCCCCGUCCUCCCUGCGGGCGGCCCCGCAGCCCCCGGCACAGCCUCCGCUGGCGGGACCGCAGCACAGGGCCCAGGAAAGCAGCUCCAGCCUCACGCACUACGGGGCUCAGCACAUCCCUGCUGCCUACAGAGACCUGGCUGAGCCCUGGAUCCAGGUGUUCGGGACGGAGCUCGUCGGCUGCUUGUUUUCUAGAAACUGGAACGUCCGCGAGAUGGCUCUGCGGCGACUCUCCCACGACGUCAGCGGGGCGCUGCUGCUGGCCCACGGGGAGAGCACCGGGCACUCGGGGGGCGGGGGCCGGAGCAGCCCGGGGGCCGGGGCCAGCAGCGCGCCCUCCCCGCCCGCGGGCGACGUGGUGGGGGCCUGCUGCAGCGUGCUGUCCAUGGUCUGCGCUGACCCUGUCUACAAAGUGUACGUUGCCGCUUUAAAAACCCUGCGGGCCAUGCUUGUGUACACGCCCUGCCACAGCCUGGCCGAACGGAUCAAGCUGCAGAGGCUCCUGCGGCCAGUCGUGGACACCAUCCUGGUCAAGUGCGCAGACGCCAACAGCCGCACCAGCCAGCUGUCCGUGUCCACGCUGCUGGAGCUGUGCAGAGGCCAGGCCGGGGAGCUGGCGGUCGGCAGAGAAAUACUGACAGCCGGAUCCAUUGGUGUUGGUGGUGUGGAUUACGUCCUCAGUUGUAUUCUUGGGAACCAGAUGGAGCCGAACAACUGGCAGGAGCUGCUGGGCCGCCUCUGCCUGGUGGACCGGCUGCUGCUGGAGUUCCCCGCCGAGUUCUACCCGCACACCGUCGGCGCCGAGGCGGCCCCUGCCGAGCCCGUGGACGUCAGGUAUAAGAAGCUGCUGUCCCUGCUCGCCUUCGCCCUGCAGUCCAUCGACCACGCCCACGCGGUGGUCGGGAAGCUCGCGCGCAGGGUCUACCUGAGUUCCGCGAGGAUGGUCACCGCCGUGCCCCCCGUGUUCAUGAAGCUGUUAGAGAUGCUGAGUGCCUCCAGCUCCACCCACUUCGCCCGGAUGCGCCGCCGCCUGAUGGCGAUCGCGGAGGAGGUGGACAUCGCCGAGGCCGUCCAGCUGGGCCUCGAGGAUGCCUGGGACGGCCGGCGUGAUAGCUUCCUGCAGGCGCCGGCCCCUGAGAGCCACCCAGAGGCCCCAGGGAACAGCCCCCUGCAGGGCCCCGACCGUGCGGCGAAAACUGGAAGAGGACUGCGCCCUGCGCGGCUGAGCGCUAGCUCAGAGGACAUCUCUGGUCGGCCGGCCAGCACUGCCCCGGGGCCUCCUCCCUCAGCAGCGACGGAGCAGCCCAAGCCAGCGGUGCAAGCCAAGGGCAGGCCCCUCAGCCAGUGUCUGAGCUCCUCUCCCCUGUCCCCUCACUCCCCACCAGGGCUCCCGCUCUCGUCCACCCCGGCUUCGUCGGCCCAGACCGCACCAGCGGGCCCGGGGGACGCCUCCAAGCACAGACCUCAGGGAUUCGUUCCCUACAACAUGCCCUCGGCGUCGCCCCCACCGCAGCGCAAGCUUUCCCUGCAGUUCCAGAGAAACUGUUCCGGAAACAGAGACUCGGACAAGCUCUCCCCCAUCUUCACGCAGUCCCGGCCCCUGCCCUGCAGUAGUAUACACAGGCCCAAGCCUUCUCGGCCCUCCCCCGGCAGCCCCAGGAGACAGGCCGACGCCGCGACAGGCAGCAUGACCCUGGACCUGCGCGGGGCCUCCGAGGGCGGCGACAGCUUCGGCAGCGGCAGCGGCAGCGGCAGCAGCGCCGUGAUCCCCAGUGAGGAGACGGUGUUCACCCCCGUGGAGGACAAGAGCCGGCUGGAUGCCAGCACCGAGCUCAGCUCCAGCAUCGAGGACCUGCUCGAGGCGUCCCUGCCCUCCGCUGACACCACGGUGACGUUCCAGUCAGAAGUGGCCGUCCUCUCUCCUGAGAAGGACGAGCACGACGACACCUAUCAAGACGACGUGAGUCACAAUCAGAAGUGCAAAGAGAAGAUGGAGGCCGAGGAGGAGGAGGCUCUGGCGAUCGCCAUGGCGAUGUCUGCCUCUCAGGACGCCCUCCCCGUGGUGCCUCAGCUGCAGGUGGAGAACGGAGAGGACGUCAUCAUCAUCCAGCAGGACACGCCCGAGACCCUCCCAGGACACACCAAAGCGAAGCUGCCAUACCGGGAGGACGCGGACUGGCUGAAGGGCCAGCAGAUCGGCCUCGGGGCCUUCUCCUCCUGCUACCAGGCUCAGGACGUGGGGACCGGGACCUUAAUGGCUGUGAAGCAGGUGACGUAUGUCAGAAACACAUCGUCGGAGCAGGAGGAAGUCGUGGAGGCGCUGAGGGAGGAGAUCAGGAUGAUGAGCCACCUGAGCCACCCCAACAUCAUCAGGAUGCUGGGAGCCACCUGCGAGAAGAGCAAUUACAACCUCUUCAUCGAGUGGAUGGCAGGGGGAUCUGUGGCUCAUUUGCUCAGUAAGUAUGGAGCCUUCAAGGAAUCAGUGGUCGUUAACUACACUGAGCAGUUACUCCGUGGCCUCUCCUAUCUCCAUGAAAACCAGAUCAUCCACAGAGACGUCAAAGGUGCUAACCUCCUCAUCGACAGCACAGGUCAGAGACUGCGAAUCGCAGACUUCGGAGCAGCAGCCAGGCUGGCUUCAAAGGGAACUGGCGCAGGAGAGUUUCAGGGACAGUUGCUGGGGACAAUCGCAUUUAUGGCGCCUGAGGUCCUCCGAGGGCAGCAGUACGGGAGGAGCUGUGACGUGUGGAGUGUCGGCUGUGCCAUCAUAGAGAUGGCCUGUGCCAAGCCGCCCUGGAAUGCAGAGAAACACUCCAAUCACCUCGCUUUGAUAUUUAAGAUCGCGAGUGCGACGACCGCCCCAUCGAUCCCGUCACACUUGUCUCCCGGGUUACGCGACGUGGCUCUUCGCUGCUUAGAACUUCAACCUCAGGACAGACCUCCAUCCAGGGAGCUGCUGAAGCACCCGGUCUUCCGCACCACGUGGUAGCCAGCUGUGCAGACAGAUGCACAUGGACGGAUGCUCAGUCAGAGAAACACGUCAGUGGGAACCACGGUGAUAAUCCGCUGGCCUUCCUGCCACUGAACAGCUAUGAACAAGCCCAUGGGGAGCCCUUACCUAAGUAUGUGAUUGACAAAUCAUGUCUGUACCUAAGCUGAGUCUGCAGAGCCCACACCUGUGCCGAACUGCAAAUGGUGCCUUUCAGGGACUGGCCCUCGGCAACAAGACAGCAAGGAGUUUGCAUGACUAAGUAAUAGAAGCAUAGUUUUAUGAUUAUUUCUCUCGGAGCACUUUUUCAGCAAUAUUAGCAGCUGAGGGGCUCAGGAUCUGUUUUACUGUCUCAACUACUCUUCCAUUUCGUAUCGCAAUCACAAGCAGGGGUCUGCUUUCAUGCAGUUUUUUGUCACUGGCAAUAUAAAUCAGUAUCUGCCUCUUUUUAGGUCAGACUAUGCUAUAAGUAGCAGUAAAGAAAUAUAUUUUUUAAAGUUGAUAACUUCUUUAUGACCCACAGUUGACCUUUAUUUUUUAAAAGCCUGGGCAAUUGUGGCUCAUUGUGCAUUUUACUGUUGGCCCAUUCAUUUCGUUUUUGGAAAUUAUGGUUCUAUGUUUUCAUUUCACCUUCAUUUUUUUGUUUAAUAUUCAGGGAAAGGUGAUCUUUUCAAUCCAGAAAAAAAAAAAAAAAAAUAGAACUAAGCGUGAACUAGUUUGUUGAAUAUCUUGCUGUGGCAAGAGUUUUUUAAUACAGAAUUUUGUUUGUUUUUUUAAAAUUGGGUUUUACUACUACCUUCAUCAAGUCCAUCACUGCUCUUCUGGUGCAGGUUAAACGUGAAUUCAGAGAAAAGCAACUGUUCUCUGUGAGGCCGCACAGCCAAGAUCAAGAUCACCUUGGAAUCUGAGUUUCUGUAAUUGGUUUCAUUUGUAGGAAGCUUCACCAACUAAGUCUCACUCGUGUGGAAAUCGCCACUGCUGGUGAGCAGGGAGCUGCUGUUUUCCUUCUCUUCACAGGCGGCCCUGGUGGAGAAUGAAAGGAAAAUUAACUUCAUUCCUCAACCACCAAUGAGUAAUAGUGUUUUUAAACUAGACGUUUGCUUUGAACUUGGAAAAUGUCCUCAUAGAAAAGUGAAUUGAAUUUCAGUUACAAACUAAUUCACUGGAUCCUGCACAAUUAUCUAAUGGUUUUCGUCUCAGUUGAAUUCGGAUCCUGAAGGAAAAUGGCAGCUCUUUAUCCUUUUUUUUGUGAGUCUCUAAAUCAAGUACUGAUUAAGUUUUAACUCUUCAGAAGCCAGUUGAAUCAUGGCAGGGUGAACUAGAAUUGGUUAUUCUCAAAGACUCAGGAUAAACUAAAUAAGCUACACAGAUUACAUUUUAAAUGUACAUCACAAAUUGGAAGUCACAAAUAACUUACCAGGUUAAGUUUACAGGGAUAUAUUGCAUAUAAUUUUUAAAAGGCAGUUUUUAAAAAUGUGAAUGUGUUUCUUAGUGAAAUUUUACAUUCCUUUGUUUUGGAAGAUUGGCAAUAUUUGAAGAGUUAAAAAUAGUACCGAAAUGUGAAGUUUGGUAGCUCUAAAUGUGUUGUACUUGACUUUCUUUUUUAUUUCCUCUGUGUUGACUACUUGGCAUUUUCGCAGUCUAAUGAGAUUGUCUCGAGUCCCACGUGCAGGCUUUAAAGGAUGCACUCUUGCCAUUUUAUUACUGGAAGAUCACUGGUCAGACAAACCCGGUCUGACAGCAGCGUGAACUGUGUACAUGAGGAACCCAGCGCAUCAGUAUUACUCUGCAGAUCACCAUGCCCGCCGGAGCGCCAGCUCAGACAGCGCAGCAUGUCGAAGCCCAUUGUUUGAGUGUGUGUGCAGGUCCCUCAGCUUGCUGGUAAUUGUGGUGUUUUGUUUCGUUUUUGUUUUCAAUGCAAAUGUGAUGUAAUAUUCUUAUUUUCUUUGGAUCAAAGCUGGACUGAAAAUUGUAUUGUGUAAUUAUUUUUGUUCUUAAUGUUAUUUGGUACUCAAGUUGUAAAUAACGUCUACUGCUGUUUAUUCCAGUUUCUACUACCUCAGGUGUCCUAUAGAUUUUUCUUCUACCAAAGUUCACUUUCACAUGAAAUUAUAUUUGCUGUGUGACUAUGAUUCCUAAGACUUCCAGGGCUUAAGGGCUAACUUCUAUUAGCACCUUACUGUGUAAAGCAAAUGUUACAAAAAAAAUCUCUGGGUUAAGAAAAUUUGGCUUAAAAUGUAUCCUUUGUUAUUUUAAAUAUAUCCAGAUAUUUUAAUUAAAAUUUUUACCCCAUUGAACCAAUUUUAUAGUAUUUGUACCUAUUUUGGUGUUUUGUCUUUAUAGUAAAUAAAAGUUUUUGGACAAA